CAAACCGAAGAGGAAGAAGCUUCUGCUUUGGACAGUGAUAAGUGGAAGCCAUCAUUACACAUGUAUUGUGCCUGAAACAGUAGCCAGGCGUUAAUGAACACAUAUCAUUUGAUUAUUAUACUGUAUUCUUAUUUUAGUAAUCUGAUCAUGGUUCUGUAUAGAAGUUCUUGUUUUUAAUGAAGGAUCUAAAGUGAUGAUUAGGUCUGAUUUCUGCUCUGGUCAUCAUGGUAUGAGGAAAAAGCUAUGGAAGAAGUGAGAAAUUGUUUGAAAGAAUUCCCAAAAGAAGCUCGAGAGCUGUAUCUGAAUGAGUCGGUGCCAUAUCUGGACGGGCCGCCCUCCCCUCUGCAGUUCUGUAGGGACUGGCUGAACCCCAAUAAGCCCUGUAUUAUCCGCAAUGCCUUCAAUGACUGGCCUGCUUUGUCUAAAUGGAACCCCAACUAUCUGAGGCAGGUUGUUGGCUCUAAGCUCAUCAGCGUUGCUGUUACACCAAACGGCUAUGCAGAUUCUGUUAACGGAGAUCGAUUUGUGAUGCCUGAAGAGCGCCAGAUGACUUUCUCAGCACUGCUGGACGUUAUAGAGGGCAGAGAAAAGAGCAGUGGUGUGUUCUAUGUGCAGAAACAGUGCUCAAAUCUGACUGAAGAACUUCCAGAGCUUACAGCAGAUGUACAGGCUCACAUCCCCUGGAUGAGCGAGGCGCUGGGAAAGAUGCCUGAUGCUGUGAAUUUUUGGUUGGGAGAAGAGCAUGCAGUAACAUCUAUGCACAAAGACCACUAUGAGAACCUUUACUGUGUAAUCUCUGGAGAGAAGACUUUUAUUCUGCUCCCUCCCACUGAUCGACCCUUUAUUCCAUAUGAACUAUACCAGCCUGCUACAUACAAACAGAGGCAAGAUGGCAGCUUUGAAAUAGUGGACGAAAAGGAUACAGAAAAAGUGCCUUGGAUUCCCCUUGAUCCUCUAAAUCCAGACCUGGAGCGCUUUCCCUCCUACAGACAUGCCCAGCCACUGUGCUGUACAGUGAGAGCAGGAGAGAUGCUUUACCUCCCCUCACUCUGGUUCCAUCACGUCCGCCAGUCUCAUGGAUGCAUAGCAGUGAAUUUCUGGUAUGAUAUGGAUUAUGAUAUCAAAUACAAUUACUUUCAACUGGUGGAAUCUCUGACUGGAGUUGUGGGGUCACUAUGAAGCUUUGACUGUUUGACCUCUUUGAACUUCCAAAGUGUGAAAAAAUAUACACUGAAUAUGACAAGAGUGUAUCACAAGGCACCCCACAAACACCUUGGGGUAAUUUAAUUGAAUUGGUCACCAAUUCAAUUCAAGUUUUUGGGAGCUGUGAGAACUGGAGAACUCAGAGGAGAUCCACGCAAGUAUAAGGAGAAUGUGCAAACCUACACACACACACACGUCAACACUUGGAAUUAAUUAUUGUUAAACACACAGAAGAAAUAGCUGGCUGAUACAUGACAAAUAACCAGUUUUUGUGUAAUAAAUACAGUUUUAUUAACUAGCACCUGACUUUGUCUUUCAGAUGACACUUAAGAUAUAUAAAAACAAGUAAUUUAGGAGUAGUGCAGAGCAAACAAACAAACAAACAAACAUCAAAUGGUCUGAAAACCUUAUAAUUCAUUUUAAUGCUAGUUUCUGUGAUUUCCUGCCUUACAGGAAAAGUGAACAGCACAAGCAGCUAUAUGUAGCAACUGAAUAUCAAAGCAUUGGAUGAUUGUUUUUCAAGAAAGUCAGAUAUCACCAUGCACUCUAGCUCAGGAUCCAGCGUUCAAGGAUCAAGUUCACUUCUCUUCAUGCAUACAGUUUUGUCAUGCUACCAGUAAAAUGACUCUUCUACCAUCUUUAAAUGCACUCAGUUCAGCUAAAUGAUUAAUAUGUUCACAUGAUUAACAAACUUUAUAAAAUAUAAGAACUGUGUGUUCUAAUUUGUAUCAUGCAUGCUUAAAUAUUCAUGGUAACAGCAUUUCUAAUGAAAACUCCUGAUAUUCAGGCACAGUUAUGUGGCUGGUUUGGGAUGGAGGAUCAUGUAAUUGAUUAGCUUUGGCCAUCCUGUAACUUGUCUAUUAACUGGUUUAGACAAUUUUGUUAACUGUUCUGAACACAAGCACCAUAUUCUGUAACAGUAGGAGAAAAUGCUGAACAAUAUACAGCAGACAGACAAUCAGCACAAUACAGUAUUCCUGUUGUAUCACAAGUAUUACUUUAGAAAACAAACUGCUUAACUGUACAUCAGUGUUAGCUUUAAGAAAAGGGGCAGAAGCCUGAAUUAAAACUAGUCAAAUUACACAUUUAUGAAAAGAUCAUUAGAUUUAAUCCAAACAAAAUGUUAAUUCCUCAGUGUUCCUUUUGCAUUUGCUGAGCUGAUAAUUAAGUUUAUAUGCAACAUUCCCUUUGCAAUUCUGUCUGUUUUUAUUCUUGUUUGUUAUCAAACUUUUUGAAUUAUAAAUACCAGAUAUCGGCUGGUUAGAAAAUAAGGCACCCACAAUCUCUUUAGAUAUCAUUAGUGUCAGUAUUAUAAAAUGUAUAAAAUUGUCAAGGUUCAUGCACGAGAUUCGGAUGCUGUUGUUCCAGAUCCUCUGCUCUGGAACUAUA